CAGCGACAGGUCAGGAAAAUCAGGAAACAAGCAACGACACAUUCAAAUAACCGCGAAGGUGCUCUUCGGAUCUGUACACGCCAUUAACAGACUCAAAGAAGAAGAACGGAUGGCUAAAGAGAAAAACAAAAGGAUAUAGGAAGAAUCGCGAACGUAACAUGGGUGACGAUGGCGCUGGUGGCACUUUUUCCAAUCGCAAACGAAACCACGACUAUAAGACGAACAAUACAAAACGACCUAAAUAACGUAGACGAAAUAACAUUUGGCGAACGUAACACACAAACAAACGAUGAUAGACAAACGACUUAUUCUCAAAUCCGUAAAGAAAACGAAAGUUCCAAUAACUCGAAUCUUAAGGUUGUUAACCUAGGUGAAUUUUCUAGACACAAUAGAAAUUUAGGGGACCGUACACUACUUAAUAAUUUUAACGCUAAUAACAUAUCGAAAAAUAAAUUUAAAAAAUAUGACGUUAGACCGCAACAACAAGAAGUUGAUCAAGCCGUUGAAGAUGGAAUGGAACUGUUGCGUAAUUUAGUGCAGAUUAAAGAACCCUUAUGGUAUAAGCAAGGGUUGUAUUUGGACGAAACUCAUCCGGCCACAAGAGUGGCAAAGUUCGGAGCUCCUAUGAACAGAAAGGCCAUCGCGUUGUCCAACAUGGGGUACGCAAUGUUGGAAGCGACCCAAAGACUUGUUCAAUCAUAUCGAGAAAAUGUUCACACGAAAUCUCCGAGCUUCCCAAAUGACAUACAACCCAGGAUAAGUCCCGACGAGUGUCCCUUCAGAGAUCACGCGAGAUGUCCCCUCGCUUCCAAAAGAUUUAGGACGCCAAAUGGGAUAUGCAACAAUGUUGACCAACCAUGGAGAGGUGCGGCGAUGGUACCUCUCCAACGAUUUUUGCCUCCAGCUUAUCAAGACGGAAUUCAAAGCAUUAAACGAUCGAUUCUCGGGCAUCAACUUCCAUCACCACGCGAAAUCAGCACCAAGAUACACAGAGACAAAAAUGUAGAACUAGAAAGCGUGACUCUAAUGUUUAUGCAGUGGGGUCAGUUCAUUGAUCACGAUCUCGUCUCCGUUGUCAAAUCUAGAAGCUUUAACGGAUCAAUUCCCCGAUGCUGCGAUAUGAUGGGCCGCGGAUUUCUUCCAUCUAAUUUUACACACCCGUCUUGCCUACCAAUAGAAGUACCACGCGACGAUUGGUUUUUUAGUCAGUUCGGUAUUCGUUGCAUGGAAUUCGUACGAUCGGCUCCAUCUAUCGGUAUAAAUUGCCACUUGGGUUGGAGAGAGCAAAUCAAUCAAGUGACCUCUUUCAUAGACGCUUCCAUGAUCUAUGGAAACGACCUGGAAACUUUAAAUUUCAUCAGAACUUUUAGAGGUGGAAAAAUCAUUUAUGGACGUUCCCAUCUCCGCGGCCCUUUGAACCCUCCAAAUCCGGAAAAGAGUGAAUUGUGCAGAGCGGGUGCUAUAACCGAAGAUUGCAUGGAAGCUGGUGAUGCCAGACUGGGCGAACAACCUGGUCUCAUAGCGAUGCAUACAGUUUUUGUCCGAUACCAUAACAAAAUAGCCACGGUUUUGUCUAAGCUUAACAAACAUUGGAGCGACGAAAGAACAUUCCAGGAAACAAGAAAAAUUGUUUACUCUGCUAUCCAACACAUAACGUACAGAGAGUUCUUACCCCUCGUUGUUGGUCCCGAAGUAACAGACUUGUUUGAAUUGAGGCUGAAGAACAAGGGAUUUUAUACGUUAUACGAUUCAAAAUUUGAUCCGGGUGUAGCGAAUUCGUUUGCUACUGCGGCCUUUCGAUUCGGUCAUAGCAUGGUUCAGAAUUCGUUUAUCAGGACUGACAGCCAGCAUAUGCCUCUCAGUAACAACGUAUCCCUCCACGAAGAAUUAAAUAACGCGCAAAACAUCUGGAGUUUUGGAGCCGUGGACAGACUGCUUCUCGGUUUAAGUAACCAGGCGUCGCAAAAAAGAGACGAAUUUAUGGCAAGCGAACUCACAAAUCACCUGUUCCAAUUUUCCGACGCCUUCUCAUUUGGCAUGGAUCUGGGCGCGAUCAAUAUCCAAAGAGGAAGGGAUCACGGCAUCCCUUCGUAUACAUCCUGGAGGGCGCCAUGCGGAUUAAACCCAAUAAGGAAUUGGACCGAUUUGGAAAAAAUCAUGAACGUUGAAGUUGUUAGCAGGCUUAAGUCAUUGUAUGAUCACAUCGACGAUGUCGAUUUAUUUACCGGCGGCUUGGCGGAACGACCUUUAAGAGGAUCCGUCGUUGGUCCUACCUUCGCGUGCAUCAUCGCUCAACAAUUUUUAAACCUCAGACGAGGAGAUCGAUUCUGGUAUGAAAACGGAGGAUUCGAGUCCUCCUUCACACCCGCCCAGCUGCAGCAAAUCAGGAAAGUUUCCCUAUCGCAGAUUUUAUGCCAAACAAUGAACGAAAUCGAGACUAUUCAAGAGUUCGUAUUUCUAUCUCCGGAUAAUGUAAAGAAUAGGCGCGUACCUUGUAAUAGUAGGGAACUGCGCAGCUUCAAUUUAGGAGUUUGGGCCGAAAAAGCUCCUAACGUUGAAAACGACCAACCGAAUACUAAGAAGAUUAAAAGAUCGAGUGCGUCUCAUGAUCCGAUAUCUGCCCAAACGAAAUAUGCUGAACUAAAUACUGUACCCAAGCGGCCAGCGUUUCAAAGCAAUCGCAUACGUGUGCAAGAUUCGCUGCAUUCUGAAGUUUCGUACUUGUUCGGAGUGGUGCCUGAACAGACAACAAUCAACAGCAGACCCAUCGAAAUUAACAUUAAUAUUCAGUACCAUCCCCAGACGACGACGAAACAAAAAAAGCGACCGAACAAUUAUUACUUGACAACCGGGGGCAACACUACAAGAAAACCACAAACGUUAACUACAGAAAGACCCAACGGACACUCUAACUAUCACGUAUAUUCUCAAACGCAUGGCUACCACGGGCCGACACCAAGACCUGUUACGAGUGCUAUAGUUACAAUAAACCAGCAAAGACCUAAUAAUUAUUUCGACCGAAAACCUCUAGACGAUUACAACUACAACCUUAAUCAACAAACAUCCCACGACUCAACUUAUGAACGCCCCUUCGUUUCUUUAAACAAACCGUUGUACAAUGACGAUUACAUUGACGAUGACGGCGCAGUAACGUACAACAUCGACAGUCACAGACCACACCACUUACAAGACCCCUACCACAGAGACCGAAUUGACGUAGAUGACAUUCAGGAACAAUUUUUUGCAAACAUGAAAGACGGCCCUCUCGGCGGGAAACUUGACAUUGACGACAAACUUGACUUUAAAUCUCGAGUUAUUAGCAACAGAGACACAACUGACGACAAAAGAUUCGUGAAAAUUUCAGCAGCCCACGCCGAUACUGUAUCCGAUGGUAGGAAUUAUAACCAUCACGUUCGUGUGAGCGAUUUUGCCGAGAGAAUGAUCGAAAGGAACAACAAGCCACCUCGAAAAGUACGAAUUGUUGAUUUGGAUGUCGUUCCCAGUGGAGACAGCGAUGAUUGGGAAUUUUCCUAUGCAACAGAACCAACACCGGAUCUAGUGGAUGUGCCCGAACUGCCUUCAACUAAUCAAUAUUCAGAAGAACUCCCGAAACUGAUGACCAAAAAACAAACUAAUCGACAACGUGGCUCUUAACUUG